AGGCCUUUCGGCUCCAACGAGAUUUUGGGCAUCCGAGAGGACACCAUGGCGCUGGCCUUGGGUCAGCCCUGUCGGCUCCCAGGAUGGGCCACCGCUCCCACCGCACCACUCCGACCAUCCGCACAGCGCGCCCCUCUCAGCCGCCCGGCUCCCUGCGGCGUGGCCUUGGGCGCGCUGGCGGCCGCGGUCCACGCGCGCGCGGGGCGCGGUGCUCGCAGCGUGAGAAAGGCAGAACCUGAUCAGCCGGCGCCCAGCAGGGAACCAGAGAUUGAUCCCAGGCGGCAGGAUCCACCAGGCACCACGCCUCCAGUGCGUAUGCCCAUGGUGGACACGGGGAGUGGUGAGAAGAUCGAUGUCAUGUCCAAGCUCUUGGAGGAUCGGAUCAUCAUCCUCGGUGGCGAGGUGAAGGAUGAAAUGGCCCAAGUCCUUGUGGCGCAGAUGUUGUAUUUGGCCAAUUUAGAUCCCAACCAGGACAUCACCAUGUACAUCAACUCCCCUGGCGGGUCUGUCUCGGCCGGCAUGGCCAUCUAUGACACCAUGCAGUUCAUCCCUUGCGAUGUGAACACAGUGUGCUUCGGCAUGGCCGCCUCGAUGGGCUCCUUCUUGCUGGCAGCCGGCACCAAGGGCAAACGCAAGAGUUUGCCCAACUCACGUAUCAUGAUCCAUCAGCCGUUGGGCGGUGCACAGGGCCAAGCCUUGGACGUGCGCAUCCAGGCGCGAGAGAUUCUCCAUCUGCGUGAGAUCUUGAACAUGCACUUGGCCGAUGCAACCGGCCAGCCCAUCGAACAGAUUGCCAAGGAUUGUGAUCGAGACAACUUCAUGACGCCCGAGGAGGCGAAGGACUAUGGCCUCAUCGACGAGAUCACACCCACCAAGGCGUGGCCACGGAUCCAGAAGCCCAAGCGACCGGAACUGUAAGGAUGGUGAAGACGUGGAUGGUCAUAUCGGAACCGAUCCCCAGCGCUCCCAGCCCUGUCGCAGGUCUUGGGUAUCGCUUUGUCCAGUGAGGGCAUCGCUGGAGAUAUAGUUUACGGUAGCCAUAGCCCCACAAGGGGCCAAGACAGCAACGCAGCUGUGGCUCUAUGUAAGCGGAAGCAUGUAGUUUGGCUUUGCAGCAACAGAGGUGCCGAUGAAUUUGAGGGAUGUUCGAACCAAAAAGAACAUGGAACCAUUUGAAUCACCAACGGAAGGGACAGCUGGCUCUUUGCUUACACAAGGCUGCCGUGCCUGACAAGCUGAGCGAAGGAUAUAAGAUAAUGAGUGCCAAAUGGGUUUCCUUCGUUUUACACUUACGUUUGGCAACCAGAUGCCACCAGUAAAGCCCAAUUUGGAAGUAAAUAUGACGUAUAUAGGUUGCUUGGACAAGCGCCCCCUCUAUCCUGUCUUAC